CGAAUUGGCCUCCACUUGUCUCCGGUCGGUCAUUUUGAGUGUGACGCCUUUGCGGAAAUCGCUCAUCUAUGUGGUUCUUGCGGAAAUGUGGGACGAUCUCCUAACCUUAGGAUUGUGCGAAUGAAAUGCGCGAGUAAGCCGUGAUCAGUCACCACGCGAAUCUCUGGCGAAAAUCGCUGACUUCUGUGGUUCCGAACGGUGUCUCUGCAAUCAAAAGCUCCUUAUUUGAUCGAUGUCAUUUUCCCCCCAGUGCACCAUCAUUCAUUUGUUUCCCCCGAAUGAGCAACAUCACUAGUAAACGCUGCACGCGCUGAGAUCUCACUGCCCGGCGGCGGGGAGCUUUGACGAGUGAAAUCGCCUCCGGACCGGGGAACAAAGAGCUUUUCGAGUGCGGGCCCUGUAAUUGCGGCGGAAACCACGGCGAUGGAGCGCGGGCGGAUUAAUUAUGAAAAUUCAGGAGCAGAAAUCUGUGGACUCGACUCGGGGCUAAUUAGAUUGGUGGUCUAAUCCCAGGUGGAGGCAGCGCCGGAGUCCUGAUUCCUGAUUAUUCCUCCUCCUCCUCCGAGCUCUGGGAACCCUCUGGCCUCUGCGGAUCGCGCAACUCCGGCUCCGCUGAUAUGAUUUCCCCUCACCGUCGCCGACCCUGGCUAUGACCACGCUUAGACAGCUCAAGCGUCAUCAACGAGGGACCAGAAAAACCGCCGUUGACUUGGAGAGCAGCGGCCCGUACAAGCGUGUGCCACCGCCGAAGCCGGUGAGUGGAGCUGGAUCGGAGAGCCGCCCCACUGCCAGCGCCACCCCGCCUCUGACGACCACCCCGCCGCCACCCCCGUACAGGAUGCCCCCGCGGCCCCUUCACAACGAGCCGCCCAUCCCCGGGGCCCCGGACCAACCCCACGCAUCCACCCCUAGUCUUCACACCCACUCAAGCAAAUUUCCGAUCGAACGAGAAGUAACUUUAAGCAGUACAGAUAAGAACUCAAAAAUACCAAUCUUAAAUGACUAUUUGAAGAGGCCAAAUUCCUCCAUUGCUCCAGAUGCUCCUCACAUACAGAUGGCAUGGAUUGAAGACAAACAUAGGAAUUCAAAUUUAAAUCACACUGGAUCUCAACAAACGCAAAACCUCCAAGUGUUUAAGGCUCAACCAAUGAAUUUGAUGGAUUCAAGCCAAAUUUCAGAACUGUCUCCAAUUCGAGGCCAAGAUCUAUCCUGCCCACCUAACCUUAGCCAAAUAUCCUCUGGUGCGGUCCCGAAAAAUGGACCAGUUCACUCUACCCCGGAAUCCGAGAACUCUACCUCAAAAGCUCUACACACGAGAACCUACCAUACCAUCCGCGACAUGAUAUCCAGCAGGUUCUCGAAGAACAAAAUGGAACCGUGCACGGAGACCGAGCUGAACAACGCCGAGAGCAACAACGGCGUCACCCAGACGACGACAACGCCGACGACGAGGCCGGAGGAAAGUCUCAGCCCUCAAAGUCAGCUGCGGCAACACGGUGUGUACAUCGGCACGGUGGCGCAGAGCCCGCAGCAGCAGAUCAGAAUCAUGCAGCAGAAUCAGAUCCUCAGCCGGAACAACGAAAUCAUGCGACGGAACCAGGAGAUCCGGGACCGACAUCAACAGCAGCACCAACAGCAGCAGCAGAUGCAGCACCAACAGUACCAGAACGUGUCGCAACAGUACCAACAAUACCAGCAGCCGCAGCACUAUCAGCACCAACACACGCAGCCGCACGUGAACCAACACCACAUCCAGCACCACACGCCGCAACACCAGAAUCACCACAUGCAACAACAGCUCAUGAGCCAGCAGUUGUACCAACAACGGGAGAAGGUCCUUGAAACCGCCAUCGACACGCCCCCACGGCACGUUGUCGAGUCGAACCAGAAAACCAUCUACCUCGACUCCAGGGGACUUUCCGUCCACACCCCGAACCAACGCCCGCUGAACGAAACCGAAACACCGGUCGGCCGACGGUUGGAGAGCAUGUACGGUCAAAGACCCGUCAUCGCGGAUACUAGGAUGGCCAAGAGCCAGAUGGACCUCUCGUCCUGCAACGAUCCGAACACACCGACGCUAAGGUAUCCGAACAACAUGCCAGCCGAGAUCUCCAGGUCGACCACCGUCUUGAGUCGAACGCCUCUGACCCCCGUCGCUCAGAAAGAGUUCAGGCGGCCGGAGAACCACCGGACGCCGGACCAGAAGAUGUCGCAGCCCCCACCGAACCCCAAACCGUCGCAUCUGAGCGUGCGACCCGUGGACGACUACACGAACAGGAUCCCGGAGAUGACACACUACAACGGGCAACAGACACCCAACUCCGUGUACCACAAAGUAGCCAAAGAGGACAUCCUCCGGGAACCGAUUACCAAGAACGAGGAACAGAUUCAGAGGGAUGCUUAUCAGGCUGCUCAGAAAGACACUUACCAGAGUGCUCAGAGGGAUGGUUACCAGCAGAAUGCGCCGAGGGACGGUUACCAGCAAUGUGCUCAGAAGGACGGAUACCAGCAGAGUGCUCAGAGGGACGGUUACCAGCAGAGUUCUCAGAAAGACGGAUACCAGCAGAAUGCUCAGAGAGAUGGUUACCAACAGAGUGCGCAGACUUAUGAUAGCUCGAGGGAGAACAUCAACCAAGCGCAUAGCGGUGAGGAUGAAGGCGGGUUCAGUAAGAGCGGUCCACUCAGUGGCAUCAGUUCGGACUACGAUAAACUCCGCAAUAGUGGGCACUCCGAUUCGGGCAGGGGAAGCACUGUCUACAGCAGCGGUAAAGCGGGGAAGUCUGAUAGACAAAUUGAUACGUCACCUGAACUGUCUUCCGAACCUCAUAGAAAUCCAGUUGCUAAUGAAAAUGGUUGGGUGGACGUAGUAGAAAAUGAACUUAGAAAUAUUUUGGAUCCAAAAUUACAAGCAAAUGCAGCAGAUUCAACCAUCAGUGAGAGCAUCUCUUCAUUAACUCCUCCACUUCCUCCUCUCUCGCCGACUGGAUCAUCUGAUGAUCAACAACCAAUACAGCACAAACAUAAAAGUCUACCAUACAACAGCAAGCCAGAAUAUCCGACAACAAAAAGCGGGAAGUGUGUGACAACGCCAGCACCAGGGAAGGGGACAUGGAGCGCUCGUAUGAAUAGUAAAGAUAAAUCCUCUCAUCAUAGAAUGGCAGCAAACAAACGAAAUGAAACUCCAAAAAUACCUCAAAUGUUACUAAGUCAUCAUUUUGACAUUGAUUCAAUGCUAGAUGACAAUAAUUCAAGUGAUGAAGAAAGCACCACCAUUGACACUCACCACGCUCAAACCAUUCGGAAACAAUUAGAAGCUCUAGAAACAAUGUAUUCUGAGGUAUUAAAGUUGCUCGGAGUGCGGAAAAAUGCGAGCCAUCACUACCAGCCCUCUGACCCUCGCAUCCAUCGCAGGCGACUGCAUGGAAGCAUGUCAUCUUUGCCCUCCUCAGUCAGUAGCCGACCAAUCAGAGACAAGCACAGACGAACUGAUGAACGUAAAAAAGUUAAAGAUAUACGAGGAAUCAACAAGCGAUUCCAGAGAUUGGAAUCUCACGUUGUUACUUUGGCACGUUCAGUGGCUCAUCUUUCCUCGGAAAUGCGAACUCAGCACAUAAUGAUCCAGGAAAUGGAGGUGAUCCGAGGAGAGUUGGCAGCUUUGAGAACACAAACUAAUAUGCUAGCGAUUCGGUCUCAUUCUACUGCACCGUGCCAAGCCCCAGCUCCAAACACUGCAUCAGAGCAGGUCAACUCAAGCCCAGGAAAAGUCAAGAAAUUAACAAAAUUCUUUGGCGAGGAGCCUCCUCUGAUGAAGCUGUUUUUGGAAAAAUUAGGCUAUGAGAAAUACGCAAAAGUUUUUGAAAAAGAGCGGAUUGGCUUUGUUGAGCUACCGUACUUGACGGAAGAAAGACUCCAUAAACUCGGAAUCCCUCUUGGGCCACGCUUACGGAUCAUGCAAGAGGCACAGAUGGGAUUCCCUACUUUUGAGAACACACUCUGCGUUAUUUAAAAUCAAGUCAGUAAUGGUCAAAAAAAUUGGAGAGCCAACAAAUACACGAUUAAAGUCGACUUCAGGCAAAAGUACAAGAGCUUUGUGUAUUUAUAAAGGGUGCACUUAUGUUUGUCUUCAGACUCUUCUAGGGACUCUAGAAGAAUUUCUCCUACUCCAAAAGAUUCUAAAAGACUUUUACUGAUGCUUUUUUUUUUCAACUUUUCUAUUUUUUUUACCUGGUAAUUUUGCUCAGGUGCCGUAAUCUCAAAGAAUACAAUAAGUGUAGCUGAUUCAUGUAAAUGUGUACACAAAACAAAAAAUUAGAUGUCUAAUUUUUCUUUGUAAAUAAUUCCUUAUUUCUCUUUAAAUUUCUAUAGAUUUUUACAGACAACUUAGGAUAGUUAAAACUGUGAUACAAAUGCAAUGAAUGAGUUUGAAAACCAAUGUAAAUACUUCAAUUCAAGUAAGAUAUAUUGAGUUCUGUGCUUUCAACAGGACUGACCGUGUAAAUUCUGUCAAAUUCUAUGGACAAGAUACUGUAUGUUUUGUACAUUCACUGUAUUUAUUAUUUUAUUUAAAAGCACCUAGAUAAUAAGUUUGUGACAGUUGGUUAUUACUUAUAGCAUCCUGAGUUCAAAUUUCUAAUAAAUCAGUUUUUUUUUAAAAAAAAGAAA